UUUUUUUUUGUUACAUUUAGAUGCCUGGAAGUGCUAACGUACCAUUUCCCUUUUCGUUGAACUUAAUUACAUUUGGUGGGAGAAAAUAUAAAGUUACCCGAGCUUUACAAAGUCUAGCAAUCGCGAAGUUCUUAUCAACCCUCAACCGCAAUCCGGACAUUAUGGUUUUGGCUGGCGAGAAGUUUAGUUUAUCCGGAAUACAGUUAUUCAAGUGAGCGUGCAAGAAAAUGAACGUGCGUUCCGUUCUGGGCGGUCUCCUUCUCCUAAGUUUGGCGUCGCGUGGCCAGAGCAUCAAAUGCUACGAAUGCACAUCAAACCCGAUGGCGAUGAACUCAGACUGUGAAACGGGCGUGCACCGUAGCAAACCACAAACUUGUCCCCUCACAACCAAAUUUUGCGACUAUGUAAAAAUCAAAAUCGAUGCUGGGAUAGCUUUCAACAUGAUUUAUCGUGGUUGCGGUGAAGAUUCGACUUGGAUCCCAAACAACGUAGGUUUUGAGGACAAGAAAUUAGGAAUUGCAACUGUUUCCUAUCGUUCGUGCAAUAAAGAUCUUUGCAAUGGCGACGUUUGGGAUAAAUCGCUCUACAACAACUCGAAAGAUUCUCAUUCUUGCGACGCAAGUCUACUCCUGCUGGCCAUUUUGACUUCCUUAUGUUUAAUCCUUAGUUUUUAGGCGUCUUCGAUGCAACCAUUAAUCCUUAUUGUAUAUCCCUGAAUGUCUCCUAUGAACUAUUUACACUCUUAUAGAAUUUCGUAAA